UUUAGCUAGCUAGCUAGAGGCAAACUCAUAUUAUUGCUGUAUUCAGAGAGAUACAAAUCAACAUCAUAAAAGUGAUUCAAAGUUUCAAACUAUACACUACAGGCAAAAUGACAAUCACAGAGAUGAGAGUACACAUGGAUUGUCCUGGAUGUGAAAACAAAGUAAAAAGUGCACUUCAAAAACUAAAAGGUGUGGAUAACGUUGAAAUAGACAUGAGCAUGCAAAAGGUGACUGUGAAUGGGUAUGCUGACCAGAAGAAGGUUUUGAAAACAGUUAGAAAAACUGGUAGAAGAGCUGAACUGUGGCAACUUCCUUACACCACAGAUUCCCAGAACCAAUAUGUUCAACAACACCAUUGCAAUGGUCCUGUCAACUUCUAUGGUUCCCAACCUUCUUCAUCUUAUAACUACUACAAGCAUGGUUAUGAUAGCAGUGAUCCUCGCUAUUAUCACUACCCUGCAGGCCAAUCUUCCAGCAUCUUUGGCCAUCAAGCCGGUGCUGCUUUCAGUGAUGACAAUCCUCACGGUUGCUCAAUUAUGUGAUCUUUCCAUUCUAGGACGAAGAUUGAUCUUCUCUCCCGGUUUGUUGUCCCUAUCACGUCCCACCGGCCAAUCAAAUAUUUUUACAUGGUUGAAUUUUAAAUGACAUGAUAUAGUUUGAUUGGUGAGAUAAAAAAUAAGUCUUUCAAGUAAAAUCAUAUAUGUGCUUUUUCAUAAAAAGUGUAUGAAGCUUUAAUUAAAGUUCUGUCCAUUUAGACUGUAAAUUUUCUCUUGAGUUACUCAAGUAUGUGUGCCUUUAUAGUCAUGUUUGUACCUUUACUUCUUCUACAAUUUAAGGUCGAGGUGUUUCCAUUA